GUCACCCAUAUUUAGACUGAUUUUUUUUAAAAAAAAAAACUAAAUCUAAAUGACCAGAAAAUAAGGGCGAAAAUGUCACAUUAUGCUAAUUUUUCGUGUUCUUCAAUCAUUAACUAAAACUCCCAUGAGCCUUUGGGAACCCGGAAACGCGUAUCUCUUCUCAUGACGUGUUUGAUCGCGUUCGCAGGCGGCUGCUCGAGCGGCGUCAGAUAGCAGCAUGCUUCUAUCAACGCUUCGCUUUUAAACCGUGAAUUUGCCCACACACAAGUGUGAGCCGCCAUGGGCACCGUUUUUGCCGUCCUUCUGGUGUUUGUCGGAUGUUGUAGCAAUGUGGUGUCUCUGGAGCUGCUUGUAAGAGAGUUCCCAGGCUGCGGCAACAUCGUCACAUUUGCGCAGUUUGCGUUCAUCGCGUUGGAGGGAUUCGUCUUCGAAACGCGCUUGGGCACCAAGAAGCCCGCCAUCCCCGUCAGCAACUACGCGAUCAUGGUGACCAUGUUCUUCACGGUCAGCGUGAUCAACAACUACGCCCUCAACUUCAACAUCGCCAUGCCGCUACACAUGAUCUUCAGAUCGGGGUCUCUCAUCGCCAACAUGAUCAUGGGUAUCGUCAUCCUGAAGAAAAGGUAUUCGGCCAGCAAAUAUUUGUCCAUCGCUUUAGUUUCCGCCGGCAUCUUCAUCUGCACCGUCAUGUCGGCCAAGCAAGUCAAUGUGGCCAACGAGGGCUCGGAGGAGGACGGCUUUUACGCCUUCGUGCGCUGGCUUGUCGGAAUCGCCAUGUUGACCUUUGCCCUGCUCAUGUCGGCACGGAUGGGAAUUUUCCAGGAGACUCUCUACAAGCGGUACGGAAAACACUCCAAAGAGGCUCUUUUUUAUAACCACUUCCUGCCUCUGCCGGCCUUCCUGCUCCUCUCCUCGGACAUCUACAGCCACUGCGUCCACUUCAGUCACAGCACUCCGGCGCUCGUUCCUGUCAUUCAACUGAACGUUCCAAUUAUGUGGCUGUACCUGCUCGCCAACGUCAUCACGCAGUACGUGUGCAUCCGGGGCGUGUUCAUCCUGACCACCGAGUGCGCCUCGCUCACCGUCACCCUGGUGGUGACCCUGAGGAAGUUCCUCAGCCUCAUCUUCUCCAUCGUGUACUUCCAAAACCCCUUCACGGCGUGGCACUGGGCGGGCACGGCCGUGGUGUUCGUUGGCACGCUGCUCUACACCGAGGUGUUGAGCCGCAUGAUGGCGGCGAGGAAGAAGGCCGAGUGACAACGGCGGCUUAUGGACAUUUUUAGAUUUUAUACCUGGGCACUUUUCACAUCUGUUUACUCUUUUAAAACCAGUGCUGGGAAGUAACCAAUUACAAAUACUUGUACUGUACUUAAGUAGACCUUUCAGAUAUCUGUACUUUACGUGAGUCUUUAUUUUUCGGACCACUAUUUACUUUUACUCUCUACAUUUGAAAACGGAUAUGUGUAUUUUCUACCCCUCACUGUAUCAAAAUAGGCUUGUUACUUUUUUCCCCCACAACAUGAGCAAAGCUAUGGGAUCACAUUUUUGGUUUGAUAGCAUAAAAACCGAGCAAGCACACACACUACAUGUGACAUGUUGUAACAUGAUCUCUUUUUUCCUUCUCCGUACAAACACUGUGUAACUUAAUUAAAGAGGGAAACUAUUUUGUUUUUAUUGUGCAAAGUUAGCAAAACAUGUGUUGCAGCUAAUUGACAGUAAAACAAUAAUUUUACCUUUUUGUAAAGACUUUUUACUUAAGUACAGGAGUUGAAUCCGUACUUUAAAAAAAAAAAACAUAUAUAUAUAUAUAUACUUUUUUUUCUUACACAAGUAUCAUUAGUUCUACAUAAGUAGUGCGAAUGUGUACUUUUGCCACCUCUUUAAAAUAUACAACCUGGAAACACAUACUGUAUGUCUGACUGUUUGAUAGCUGUUCUGACCCAAAUAAACUACAACACAUCUCA